AGGCAGCACACCCACGCACAGUGUUGACGCGUCCCCGUCUCGAACGAACUGGGUGGGUUGUCUUUCCUCCUUCAGUUGCCAGUGCCAUCACAUCCCAGAUUCACCUCCCGUGCUCGCUGCUCGCUUUCACCCGGCUGCCGCCCCGUCCCCCAUUCGUCCGCCCCACCCAAGUCUCCCCUCGCCGCCAGCGCCGCCGCUCCGCCCGCCGCCUCGACAAGGAGCUCCUCCUCCCCUCCGCUGGACCGGCGGGGAGCUGAAGAUCCGCCCGGACGCGCUUCUUCUUGCUGCUAGUUUCAGAAGAUUUUCUUUUGAGGUUUCUUGCUGCGGUGAGGCUCGAGGAUGUUGAGCUAGCUUAAGGACGUAGCUCGUGCAAGCUGCUGCGCUUGGAGCUCUGAUAAACCGGCCAACAGGGGAGUUCUGAGCUAAAAAUAUCCAAAGAUGGAUUCCGUGACCGAGGUUGCCGACACUAUGGGUGCAUUGGUCGUUGACAAUGAGGCGAGCGGGAAGUUUCUGUCCAAAGAUAGUAUAGAGGAGCAUAGAGAAGAACACGAUGCGCUGGCAGAUGUUGCGCAUUCGGGCGAGAGCGAGGUGAUCAAUCCGUCUGAGGAGGUGGGCGGGGAAGCCACAUCAGAAUCAGAGGUCAUACAGCCCCAGGUAUCCAAGGGAAGCCAAAGCCGUUCCCCUAAGGUGACCAAAUCACCGCGCCCGAGCCCACGAAGCGGCGAUAAGAGUCAGGCUAGGAAAAGCACUCCCAACUCUCCUUACACCAAAGCACCCAUUGCACGAGUGUCUGAUCCAGACUUAGUCGAUAGCUCUUCAAACAACGAUGAUGCCGAUGUUAAGAAAAAGGCAGAAACGAGCAGUUUUCGCCCAGUUGCCAAGGAGAGUUCACCGCUCGAGGACUCCAAGGAGAAGAAGAAAGCUCAGAAAGCAUCUAGCCAGCAUGUGGUAAAGAAGGAAGAAGAAUCUAAUUCUGAAAGAAUAAAGCCUCAGAGGGUUGGGAGCACCCCUUCAUAUGGGUUUGCGUUCAAAUGCAACGAGAGAGCUGAAAAAAGAAGGGAGUUCUACUCAAAGCUUGAGGAAAAGAUCCAUGCACAGGAAUUGGAGAAAAACAACUUGCAGGCGAAAUCAAAGGAAACAGAAGAAGCUGAACUCAAACAGUUAAGGAAGAGUUUGAAGUUCAAGGCAGCCCCGAUGCCCAGCUUUUAUAAGGACCCGCCACCUCCCAAGGUUGAGUUGAAGAAGGUCCCUACCACCAGAGCUAGAUCACCAAAGCUCGGUCGCUCAAAGAACACAACCUCAGCAGCCACGGAAGCAAGUACCAAUCCUUCAAGCCGUCCAGCUCGCCUGAGCCUCGACCAAAGGGCCUCCCAAAACAGCACCAAGACAGCACCUGCUGCAAAUGCCGUGAAGAAGCCCCAACGGAAAUCUCUCCCCAAACUGCCAUCGGAGCAAACAGGUUCUGUGGACAUCGCAGCGUCUAUAUCUUCUGCAGAACAGCUAGAAAUUAGCAUGUCAACAGCAGAUCCCAUUCGGGUGCCGAUCCGUGCUCAAGUUACUCCGGAUGAACAAGCACUCAACGAAUAGAAAACAGUCGAGUCGAGUCUUGUGGAAAGCGAGGGCCAUGCCUCAGCCUCCUACAUCUACAUUUUUGCUGUUCCGGUAGUAAACUUCUGGCUGGUAUCAUGCACUUCAAUUAGUGUAUUCACCAUGAGUUUGAAGCCAAUGUACUGUUUUAUCACCCUCAAUUCAUUGUUCAAAGAAUACAAUGGAAUGGAUACCUCCUGCUAUUGUUGUAGUUAGUAAAACAUUUGCAUCUGACUGUCACGUGUUUCAGGUCUACAAAUCACUUUUUCCACAUGAAUUCACCUGUUUUCCUUUA